AUGAGUUCCCUCAAGCAGUUUAUUCGAAACGUGCGUGCGGCCAAGACGAUUGCCGACGAGCGAGCUGUCAUCCAAAAAGAGAGUGCUGCAAUCCGCGCCAGCUUUCGAGAAGAAAGCCACGACCCCAACGUCCGUCGCAACAAUGUCGCAAAGCUUCUCUACCUCUUCACGCUGGGAGAGCGAACCCAUUUUGGACAGAUCGAAUGCUUGAAACUCCUAGCUUCCCCUCGAUUCGCCGACAAACGUCUAGGACACCUGGCUACAAGUUUACUGUUGGAUGAGAACCAAGAAGUUUUGACUCUGGUGACCAACUCGCUCAAGAAUGAUCUUGGACACUCCAACCAAUAUGUUGUCGGCCUGGCACUUUGCACACUAGGAAAUAUCGCUUCGAUCGAGAUGUCCCGAGAUCUUUUCCCCGAAAUUGAGACCCUUGUUGCCACGGCCAAUCCCUAUAUUCGAAGAAAAGCAGCUCUCUGUGCCAUGCGCAUAUGUCGCAAGGUUCCCGAUCUGCAAGAGCACUUCAUCGAGAAGGCAACGCAGCUCCUGUCUGAUAGAAACCAUGGUGUUUUGCUCUGCGGCCUCACUUUAGUCACGAGCCUUUGCGAGGCGGACGAGGAAGAAGGCGGAGAAGAGGGAAUUGUUGAAAAGUUUCGGUCCUUUGUCCCGGGCCUUGUCAGAACCCUGAAAGGUCUCGCAACUUCAGGCUACGCACCCGAACAUGAUGUCACUGGCAUUACCGACCCCUUCCUUCAAGUCAAGAUUCUGCACUUGCUGAGAGUCUUGGCUGUAGGCGAUGCAGAGACAAGCGAGCAGAUCAACGACAUCCUGGCCCAGGUUGCUACCAACACAGAGUCCUCCAAGAACGUUGGUAACUCUAUUCUGUAUGAAGCUGUACGCACGAUUCUCGACAUCGAAGCCGACUCAGGUCUGAGGGUUCUCGGUGUCAAUAUCCUGGGCAAAUUCCUUACCAAUCGCGACAACAACAUCCGAUACGUGGCUCUCAACACUCUGAUCAAGGUCGUCGCCAUUGAGCCCAAUGCUGUCCAGAGACAUCGAAACACCAUCCUGGAAUGUUUGAGAGAUCCUGAUAUCAGUAUUCGACGCCGAGCUCUUGAUCUAAGCUUUACCCUGAUUAACGAAAGCAAUGUUCGCGUCUUGAUUCGUGAGCUUCUAGCGUUCUUGGAAGUUGCCGAUAACGAAUUUAAGCCUACUAUGACCAGCCAGAUUGGCAUUGCGGCCGACAAGUUUGCACCCAACAAGCGAUGGCACUUUGACACAAUGCUUCGGGUUUUGUCGCUGGCGGGUAACUAUGUCAAGGAGCAAAUCCUGUCAUCAUUCGUUCGCCUGGUGGCCACCACCCCUGAGUUGCAGACUUACGCCGUGCAAAAGCUUUACAUCAACCUCAAGAAGGACAUUACCCAGGAGAGCUUGACACAAGCAGGUGCCUGGUGCAUCGGAGAGUACGCCGAUACUCUGCUCAAGGGUGGACAGUAUGAGGAAGAGGAACUUGUUCAGGAGGUUAAGGAACACGAAGUUGUCGACCUGUUCUCCCUUAUUCUCAACAGCGCAUACGCCACCCAGGUAUCUACAGAGUACAUCGUGACAGCUCUGAUGAAACUGACAGCCCGCUUCUCUGAUCCUGCUCAAAUUGAGAAAAUCCGACGACUCUUGCAAUACCACCAGACCAGUCUCGAUAUUGAGAUCCAACAGCGAGUCGUUGAGUAUGGCAACCUCUUUAGCUUCGACCAGGUCCGACGGGGUGUGCUCGAGAAGAUGCCCAUCCCUCAAAUCAAGGAGGAGUCUCGUGUGCUUGGUUCUGCUCCCACCAAGAAGAAGGCCUCCAACAGGAAGUCAAGAGUUAUCAAGCCCACGGAGCAAGAUCUCCUUGACAUCAUGGACUCGCCUGCUGCCGCACCAACAGCUCCCUCGACGACCAAUACUGACCUUCUCGCUGAUAUUUUGGGUGGCGCAUCUUCGCCCCCAUCCGCAAGCUCACCACCCCCUCAGCAAUCCAAUGUAUCAAACAUUAUGGAUAUGUUUGGGUCUGGUCCUAUGUCUUCUACAUCAUCUCCCGCACCUCCUUCUUCAAACCUUGACCUCAUGUCUCCCGUUUCGACGCCUCAACCUCAAGCACCCCAAGCACCUGCUGGUAUCCCAUGUUACAACUCUAACGAUCUUAAUGUGACGUUUCAGAUCCAGCGCAACGCUGAGGGUAUGAUCCAAGCUGUUGCCAAAUUCAUCAACACAUCUGGCUCGGCGGGUCUAUCCAACGUGUCUCUUCAAGCUGCCGUUCCUAAGUCUCAAAAGCUGCAGCUGCUGAGCAUCUCUUCGUCGGACCUCGGCCCUGGAGCUGAAGCCUCCCAGAUGAUGCGCGUGUCUGGCUGCAAGGGUCCCCUGCGUCUACGGCUGAGAAUUGGAUAUACGCACCCAACUGCUGGACAGGUCAUGGAUCAAGUCAACUGGACAGAGUCCUAG